UGUUUAGUUAUCGUAUCCAAAGCUUAUAAAUUUUUCGUAUCACAUAAUGAUAUUUCAAUAUGCAUUAUUAGACCAAUUUUUAUAUCUCAUACCACCAUAAUCCUCAAUUUAGUCGAUGAUGAUAUAAAUUUUACAAAAUGUUAUCAGCCAGAAGAGAUUACUACUUUAAUAUUGUUUAAAGGCGAUGAUUUAUCAUAUGACGUUAUGAAAAGAAAUCUGGAAUUAUUAUUUUUAAAUGGCAAACCGAACAUAAUAAUUAUAACAGAUGUUAUUACAGAGGAUCUCCUCGAUAAUCCCGUUUUUGACGUUAUUAUACAAUCUCACUGGUCCUUUAUGCAUCUAAUUGUUACUGAUAAUAAUAUUGAUUGCAAGCAAACAGAAAUCGACAAGGAUAUAUUAUUAACAGCAGAGAGAUUCCUUAAUGACUUAUGGCACAGAUAUCAAAUAGUUUAUGCAAUAAUUGAAUUUCCUUUAAGCUGUCCACGAAGGUUUAUUACAUUCGAUGGCAAUAAGCAACUAAAUGAUGACUUGUACAAUAGAACUAUAACAAUAGUAGAAGAAGAGCAUCUACAUGAUACUUUUAAGAAGUAUGAAACCGACUUGAGCGUUGACUUUCCAUUGAAAAUAAAUAUAUUUAAACGGUUCCCAACGACAUUAACAUUGCAUUAUUGUGACAAUAUUAAUAACUAUGUACAGUUGGACUUAAAUAUAACUAAUGGAUACUGCGGACUGGAUGCGUUAGUUUUGCACGAUUUCAUAAAGACAUUUAAGUUUAAAGUAAUAUUCGUCAGCAAUGAAGAAAUUAAUAGUUAUGGUUACAUGGUGUCAGGGCGAGCCACGGGUAGUUUGGGAGGUGUUAUACGUCAAGAAAUUGAUAUUUCAUUUAAUUCAAGAUUUUUGACGAAAUACGCGGAUAGUGGUUUCGAUUAUCUUAAUUACAUAUCAUUUGAUUCCUUAUGUGCGCUAACUGCAAUUCCAGACAUUGUACCUCUAUGGCAGUAUCCCAUAAAUAUGUACAGUUUUAAACAAUGGAUGUCCGUAAUAUUUAUUCUUGUAAUUAUAGGUAUAGUGAAAUGGUUGUUCAGUAGACGUUUUCGUGCAAUACUUACAGAAGAACUUUACAAGCCUCAGGUAUAUAUACUAGAAACUGUGUGGUCUGGAAUGUUCGGAUUUUUUCUGAUUAAGAAUUUGCGACGCUGUUUUUUAAUAGCUCUAUGCCUAUUAUUCUCCGUAGUUCUUAAUGCAAUGUAUCAAGGCCACGUGAACUAUAUGUUCACAACUUUAUGGCGAUAUGAGCAAAUGAACACGCUACAAGAUCUUUGCGACUCGAACAUUCCAGUAUUCACGUCGGCUGGUAUGCUAAAUAUACUUGGAGCCGAGGCUGCUAGAAAUUUCUCUAAUAAUGCAAUUACAACAAUUAUAAGGCGCAUGAAAUUAUACGCAGAUCACAGUAAUGAUAUGGCUGACCCACGUUUCUCGGCAACAAUACAAAGACGAUCAGAUAUAACUCUGGUAAUUAUGGAAAACUAUACAGAUACAGACGGGAGACCAUUAUUGUAUGCAAUAGAUGAAUAUUUCUCUAGCUUGUAUUUAUCUUACAUCGCCAAGUCAGGAUUUAUCUUCACACCUCAAGUCCGAAGAUUUAUGAUGCGGAUGGUAGAAGCAGGAUUGCCCGACAAAUAUUACAAAUGGACCAGAUAUACGAUGCGUAUGGGCGAUAUUAAACAGAAUCCAGCUUCGGAACCUCGUCUAUUCACCGAGAUCAAUUUACAGGAAGAACGAAUACCUUUUGCUCUACUUCUAUGCGGUUAUAUCGUAUCAACCCUUAUAUUUAUAAAAGAGAAAUGGUGGGAUUGUCGUAAGACUUGUAAAAUAAGGUGUUUAAAAUGA